AUGGUCCAACACUUGCUGCAGGAGCAACUCCACGAGCUUCGCCAAGCCGCGACCGAAGACCAGCUCGUAGAGGCGCUCGGUCUCGUGAGCGUCCUUUUAGUGCGCCCGGACGAGCGCGGAACGUUUGGUCAGCUGGAUGGACUCACGACCCUCGUCAAUCACUUGCAGCAGCUAUGUGCAGAGCAAGCGGCAAUGGCGGCGCCAUGGACGUACUCGAAGGCGUUUGGCUUCCACAUCGGUCAAAAGCGCCUUCAUACGAGUGUGCGCUAUCUGCUUCUUACGAUCACACACAUGGCCUUGGACGCGGAUUUGGCCGCCGAGCUCUGCGAUUUGCAUUUGCCCCAAGAGCUCUACGACGAGUUCGUCGCCUCCGAGUGCAUAUCGGAGACCAGCGUCUCUUCAGUGGUGCUGGACGAUGGACACUCGUCACUCGUCGCACUGCCGCAGUCCUGUCGGCUCUUGGCCCUCGAAGCACUGCGAAAUUUGUGCUACACGGAAGCGCUUCAAGCACCGCACCUUACCAACGGUGCGUUGGACGACUUGUGGCGGCAGCUGCUGGAGGCAACGUCACCUGCGACCGAGGUGGCGCUGAUCGCGGACGUAUUUUGCAACCUCUCAGCUCAUGUGCCGCGAGCGCUCCAUGCGGAAAAAGACCGCCUCACAGCGCUCCUAGCUCGCCUCGUCAAUGAAAAGAACGAGCAAGUGCUCAUUGCGCUAAGUGACUUGGCCGUGAACCUCGCUCGCGACAACCACUUCUCGGUCAUCUUCCUUUGUGCGCUAGAAGAAGGAUCGGCUCCUGGUCGACCCAUUCUGUACCUUCGCGACUGGGCAGAGGCGACGACCGACUUGGGACUGCGGUCGAGUCUCGGAGCGCUCACCCACAACUUGGCGUGGAGCGACGUGAGCACAAAAAUCGCUCUUCAAAAGCUCGGAGCAUCGGCUUUCCUAGAAGUGUUUGUGUAG